UUGGAGAGACAUGGGGCUUGUCCUGCUGCCCAUGGCCUUGCUGGUCCUGCCUGCCCUGCUGCUGUGGCCCACACUGGCCACUGACAACUCUGAGGAACCCAAUGUGCGUUGUGGAGCAUGCAGGGCCCUGAUGGACGAGGUGGAAUACGACAUCAACAAGGCCCGACAGAAGAAAACCAAGGUGGGCUCCUACCGCAUCAGGCCUGACGGGACACAGGAGAGGAAAAAGGUUCCCCUGGCCCAGUCCGAGGCGUUCCUCGUCGACCUUUUGGAUAAAGUGUGUAUGCGAAUGAACGAUUACCAGCUGGAGGACGACCCAGUGACCAAGCAGAAGUAUUUCAGGAGAUACGCUCCGAGAAAGGGAGACAAAAUAUACAAAGAAUAUAAAAAGUUCUUCUUUUAUUCUGAUGCCUUCAAACCUUUGAAAUUCGCGUGCGAAGCCAUCAUUGAGAAGUAUGAGGAUGAGAUAUUCGCACUUAUCGCCCAGGAGGCACACCAUCUAGCUGACAUGCUGUGCAGUGAAAAAUCAGAUCUGUGUGGCACUCCAGUCAGUCAUCCUGAACCCUAGGAGUGAGGAGUGGAGUCACAGCCCCAAAGGUCACUGUGCGCCUCACAUCUUGUGACUGCCAUGAUAAGGAAUUUCAUCUCGUGUCUGCUGUACUUGUCUCAUGCGUGAUAUUGGUUUGAAAAUCUCUGACUUGGCAUCAUGACAAACUCCAACUCUUCUCUUAGGUGAAAAGAAGUUUAUAAAACUGAGCACCCCUUUGCAUAUUUGGAUGGAAGCUGGGUUGGCAAUAGAGCAUUAAAUUUAGCCGUGGGGAAAAACGGUGAAGCCAUUUCUUGUCAGUAGGGAUUUAAGAGUGGGUACAAGUGUUUCAUAGCAAAUGUAUCUGACACAUCCAUCUACGAUUUGCUAUUUGGAAAGAACUUGGUUUGAUUUCUCAAAUAUUUGAUUGACCACAAAUUCAAGGCAUUCAGUUGCAACUAAUGCCAUGGGUUGGUUAUUCUGGGAGGUUCUGUACAGUACUUUAAGUCACUCCUCUCAAUCAGGAGUAGGACUUACAGAUCUGGAGAUUCUUAAUUUUUAGAACUUUAUCCCUUAGAUUCAGUAAAAUAAGCCAGGCAGUGGUAGUGCACGCCUUUAAAUCCCAGCACUUGGAAGGCAGAGGCAGGUGAAUCUCAGUGAGUUUGAGGCCAGCCUAGUCUACAGAGUGAGUUCCAAGACAGCCAGGACUAUUACAAGGAGAAACCCUGUCUCAAAAAACCAAGCCAAAAUUAAUUAAUUAACUAAUUAAUUAAUUAGAAAGAUUUGUGGAAUAAUUAGAAGAGAGUGAAUAUCUAGUUCUACAGUGAAUGGCCAUCAUUCACCUGAUUACACAGUGAGUUCAGAUGAUUCCGAAAGCUAACUCGUAGUGGAUUUCAAACGAUAACAGCACUGAACGUGUUCUUGUCUUGCUCAGAUCUCUCUUGGUUUGUUUUCCCCUCACCAAUCACAGUGUGUAGAUUUUCCUACCAGCUGAUUUCUUACUCUUCUAUGGGACUUUUAUUUAUGUAUUUAUUUUUAGAUGGGGAAAGACAUUCACCUUUACCACACUUAUUGUAACGAAAUGUAAUAACAGUCACUCCCGAGUGUUCUCAUUGUCUCUGCUAAAUUUGCAUUCAGUGGAAUUGAACUUUAAUUAUUCAGCAUGUGAGGGUACAGGUUACACCUGUUUAAUUAAUGAAAUUUUCAUCAUUGUCAGACUUGCAUGGGUAACAGGCGAAUUUUGUACCAGAAGAGCUAAAAUGGAGGUUUAUAAAACCAUCCAGAAAUUGCACUAUUCAGAUCAUUCACUGGGCUCCUUGACCAGAAUAAUCCUUACAUUUAUGAAAAAAAAAUUUACCAAAAUGAAGAAAAGAGAUUUCUAUUUUUCCCUUCCCCCUAGUCUUAAGUCUUAAUGUCACUUGUUUAUCUGGGAAGCUGAGAAAGUGUGCUUUUGCGAUGUGUCUGUGGCCGGUGGUGUUAUAGGACCUCUGUAACCCUGAGAUAAUUCUGUGCUCCAGACGGACAAGGAAGAGGAGAUCCAAGGUUAGGUGGUGCUACUUCCCAGUGGGGAAGACAAUGUUAUUUAAAGCCUAGCCUGAGCUAUAGUGGGAGAUGUCACCAAGGGGGCGGGGGUGUCCUUGUCCCUGUAUCUUAUUUCUGUAACCUGUAAGAUUGACUUGGCCUUUGAGAUAGGAAGUCUUUUUUAGCAUUUUCUUACUUGGACUUUCUUGGUAAAUGCGCACUAGGAUGCUGUUUCUUAAAAAUGUGCCUUCAUGGGCUCAAGGCUGAGAAGGCGACUCCAAGAAGACUUCCAACACCAGGUUCAUGGUCACCUGCAGGGGCGGGGGCGGGGGAGGGCUUUACACAGAUGUAUAGUCAGACCCUUUGCUUCCCAGAUUUUCUUGGCUUCCUCACCAGACAGGAUCUUGGAUCUUACAAUGGUUUUGACAUCUCAUGACUCAUGGGUUUUGUGUGUGUGUGUGUGUGUGUGUGUGUGUGUGUGUGUGUGUGUGUGUGUGUAUGUUUUUCCAUAAUUCUUUUCCAUAUCAAGCUUGUUGAGCUCAUGGGAAUGCCUGUAGCUUACUGAGUUGCUGAUUAAACCUCCAUUCCAUUGAGAAUUACCCAGAACCCUGGGUCUCUCUCUGCCUGCUUUGCUAGGUUAUAGUAGCAGAAGAGAGAAGCUGUGUUGGUUGGUCACUCUCCUGCCUUCAAAAUGACACCAAAUACAAAAUAAGAAGAAAGGCAAGGGAGGGCCACUACCACAAUUAAAAACAAGCAACAACAACAACAACAACAAAAACACUCAAGCUGCAUGAUGGAAGUUUCUUAGAGUUGACAGAAAUCAAGCUAGAUCAAGGUCAAAAAAUAAAUAAUAAUAAUAAUAAUAAUAAUAUUGAAAUUCCUAGGAAGAGGGUGAAUAAUAAAAGGCAAGAAGAGGAGACAUGGUCCAGUGAGAUGUGUGUUAGGGACUCCAUGGGAGCAUCACUUGAGCCUGGAUCCUCAAAACCCACAAACCAAACUGGCCAAGACAAGAUUCUUAUCUGUUUUCUAAGAACAAGCCAAGACUGCUGAACCCAUUUCACUAGAGAGUACACAGUAGAAAUGAGCCAAAGUCCCGACAGGAAGCAUCAACACUUACUUAGACAAGUCCUAAGACAUAGUCAAAGCGGGAGCUCAGACAUACGUUUCUCGGCUUUGCGUUGUGUUCAUUCUUGCUUGCGUAGUUUGAUGUAACAAAAAAAAAAAAGUGUAAUCUGUGUAUCAGUCUUAAAAUUCAGAUUAUGGUGGGAUAUUGGGGAAAGUCUAUCUUUUAUGCUUGUGUGGUCUGCUUUUAAGCUUCAUGCACACUUGUGAGCUAAUUAUAGAAUUAGAAAUGUUAAAGGCUGGGGCUGAAGAAAUGGCUCAGAGGUUAAGAGCACCGGCUGCUCUUCUAGAGGUCCUGAGUUCAAUUCCCAGCAACCACAUGGUGGCUCGCAACCAUCUGUAAUAGGGUCUAAUUCUCUCUUCUGGUGUGCAUGAAGACAGGUUACUCAUAUACAUAAAAUAUGGAGGAAAAAAAGAAAUGUUAAAGGCCAAUCAGCAUGUAGCACCAUUUGGUAGCUAGACAGUGAAGAAGUACAUUAAAUCAUUGCAAUAAAAAUAUACUUGUGAGGCACCAGUGUAUUUUUAUUAUGAUUUCCUGCCUGCAAUAUAGGUCUCUUUGUAUGUUUAUUUGCUUUUAGAGCAAGGAAAAGGGUAAAUAGGAAAGAUCAAAUGCAAUAAAUAAGACUGAAAUAUGCCCGAGAAUCACCUAGGAAGGGAUGCAGGGAAUGGCAUUCUCCUGUCCGGGACACGUGUGGACCAGGGGCUAUUGUCAGGCUUUGGCAUUGUCUGCCCUGUGGGAAAGAUGAUGGUGUUCAUGUAAUGAUGGCUGAUCUACUUCCUGUUGCUGCUUCAUCACCAGCAGGAGGUUUGCCUCAAAAGGAAAGUGUGUGGAAACAGAGUUGGAAAUGUCAGAUCGGCUCCCUCCCCUUCUGAUGCUCUGAGGAAGUCCAGGAGUAGAAACAUGGGUGGUGGGUAGAUACUUGGUAGAUGGGUAGGUGAAUGGGAGGACGGAUGG